AAAAAUAUUAAAAACAGGAACGGAAUCGUUAUGUAAUUGCAUAACAGCAAUUGAGGAGACGGAUUAGGACGAAUCGGUUCGGUCAAAGCUCACUCUUGUGAUUUUACAAACGCUGUGAGAAUCGGUUCGAACGAAUCAAAAGAUCCGGUUGAGAAGAAAAGUUCAAGAUUUUCUGUGUAUAAGACUUGCAGUUUUUAACGACAUUGAACAAAAACAAUGGAGCAGAUGCAUUCUCUAUUUGUGAAACAUCACAGUGAAGUUCUCAUCCAGAGGGUUACUUCUGUGAUGCCCAUUGCUGAUGCACUAAGAGACGAUAAAACAAUUCCCUGUGAAACACACUCACUAAUUCUGAAAGCAUCUAUAGAUGCUAAAAUGACAGUGCUUUUGCAAGCUCUGAGCACCAUCAAAUCAAGAUCUUCUUUUUACAAUGUGUUGCAAGCUAAGCAGCCAGACCUGGUUAAAGAGCUUGAACAUCAAGAUGCUCAGUUUGUGGACCGUUACAGUAACAAACUCAUCCAAAAGGUUACUGUUGUGAUGCCCAUUGCUGAUUCACUGAAAGCUGUUAAAAUAAUUCACGAGGAAACGUACUCAAAUAUUUUUGUAGCCUCUACAAAUAUGGCUAAACUGAGAGUGUUACUUGAUGCUCUGAACACCAACAAAGCCAAAUCUGCUUUUUAUGAUUUGCUCAAAGUGAAUGAGUCCUUCCUGGUUGAAGAUCUUAAACGAGAAGGAAUUGAACAGGAAAUGGCAGGGGCAUCUGCACAGACCUCAUCAGAAGUACUGGAAACUGAAUCUCACCCUCAAAAUGCUAAAAAAGUACAGAUGGAAGCUGUCCAACAGGGGACUGAGGACCAACAAAUCACCUGGUGGAACAGAAACAGAUCCUGUACAAGACAUAGUACAAAAAUAGAGGAGCUGCUAAGAGAAACUGACAAACAAAAAGUAGGGAACCUCUACUUUUAUAAAGAUGUGAAGUACAUGAUUGGCUCUGGAGGAAGUGGCACACAAGUAUAUAUUGGCGUGAGUGAAGAUGGCAUUGAGGUGGCCAUUAAAAUAAUAACCAAGAACCCAAAGAACAUCAAAGACUUUGAAAAUGAACUGAAGCUUUUGCAAGAUUCAAAGCUUGAAAGCCCAUAUAUCGUCAGGUAUGUGACCUGUGCAGCGGAUAAAGAUUUUUACUAUCUUGCAAACCAGCUUUGUGAAUAUGAUCUAGUGGACUACAUGGAAUAUCUUCGUCAGCCAGAGCAAAAUGACAGAAAAGAGACCACUUUGAGGAGAAUAGUGGAGGAGAUGCUUCUUGGCCUUCAAGUUCUUCACCGGGCUGAAGUGAUACAUCGCGAUAUAAAGCCUAGAAAUGUUUUGAUAGAUAAACAAGAAAGGGCAAGGCUGGCCGACUUCGGCUUGAGUCGUAAACUGGAGGAGGAGAAAACCACAGUGUAUACUGACAGAGCUGGUACACAAGGCUGGGAGGCAACGGAGAUUGUAAAUCAGACAGAAAAAGGCGGAUACAAAACGAGCUCAGACAUCCAGGUAGCAGGGAUGUUAACAUAUUACAUCCUCUCUGACGGGAAACAUCCUUUUGGUGAUGGCAUCCGCCGUGAGGUGAACAUUUCAGAAGGGAAAUAUUCUCUUGGCGAGAUUCAAGAUAUUGCAGCAAAGGAUCUCAUAGAAUGGAUGAUCAACAAAGAACAAGAUAAGAGACCGACCGUCGACAAGGUCCUAAAUCACCCUUAUUUCUGGGAUGAUAAACGGAUAAGAGAGGUUCUUCACAAUCUGGGUAAUAAAGAGGAAGUCCAGGAAUACAAGAACUAUGAAAACAAUAAAAAGCUUUAUGGCACUGUACAGAAAUACACGACGGGAAAAACCUUUUCUGACUGGAAGACAAAGGCUCCUAAGACAUGGACAAAAAUUGGCAAAAAUCUUCCCAGUGACUUGCUUGGACUGUUACGGCAUUUGCGCAAUGCACUGGGACAUCAGGAAAAAGAGUUCUAUGAAGAGAAGAUGGUUGAUGAGUUUCCAGAUUUCCUCAUCAGUUUACAUAGACUGGCUGUGGAAAUGGGCUGGGAAUAUUGAAGAUGCUGAGAAAUUGCAUGGAGACACCUGUACACGGUCUUUCUUUUUGUUUUCAUAGUUUUGAUCAUGUACUUUUUUGGAGGCAAAUAUUUCACUUUUCAGUCUUUUGCUGCCUCAAUUGCUUUACACUUAAAGGGGUCAUAUGAUGCGA